AUGUUUGGUGGAGUUUUAGAAAAGAUUCGGCUUUUUGAAGCUGACAUUGAGCGUCACAUCGACAGCAUUGUACAGCAACUACUCAUUGAGGAUAUCUCGAACAAACGUCAUCAGCUUCUUCGAGAUUACUUUAUAAUACAACAAGCUGAGGCUGUUGAACCCAUUGCUGAGAAACUAUUGGAUAUUUAUCUUGAUCAGGACGAUAUUGUGUCAGCCCAGGAGGCUCCGGCGGAGGGUGAAGCAGUUUACAGCAAUGCGCUGAAGGAGUUUGAGGCUCGCAUUGCUGACAUCCGGGAGUAUCACCGAACCUUUAGAGACGUUCCUACGGUGAAGUGUGAGCUUGAUCUACCCGAUGUGAAUGCACUUGAUAACGUUUUUACACUCGCAGAGAGGUAUGGCAGUUGCCUUGACCUGGAGGCCCAUUAUCAUCGGUACAGCAACUUUAUGCUUUCGACCAGCAAACGGGCACUUGAAACAAAUCACACGGUGGGGACUGCAUGGCCUGGUCGGGUUGAGUAUCUUACCUUUGUGACCAGUGUUAUAAACAUAAUACUCAAUGAUGUGGACCCUUAUCGCAAGGUAUAUGGCUUCUGGUCUUAUAAGGAAUUCGUGGAGGAGUUGCUCAAAUACCUGGUUCAUUUUCACAAACGUGUACUGGUAAUGGAAAGUGAUGUACUUGAAUCAACACUCGCCAAGUGCGAUGCGGACGCUGAGGAAUUCUGGUCGAAGCUUGUGGAGCAUAAGAAAUCUGUAGUAACCAUUAGUAGCACAGCUGUGGCGCUACCGGGGACAUCUGGGAAGUCUGUAUCCUCGCUGCAUGCCCCUGCACCACUGCGGAGGUAUGUGAAGGCAUUUGCACUGUGGCCCAUAACUUACGUGGAAUCCGUUACACCUUCUGAGAUUGAGAAGCCACCUUCACUCGAAGAAGUCAAGGCUGUGGUGCACAUUGAGGCAAAAAUCGUUGUCUUGCUUCAAACUCUUUUGUUCGAACACCUACAAGAGACAGAAAAGGUUCUUCUGCGUGAUUACAGUAAAACAGUGGAGGAACUGGAGUGGGAGAGGGAUAACAUGCAGGCGGAGUUCCUUCGAUCUGUAGAGGAGGCAAAAAAGAGAUGCGCCACCACUGUUGAAGGAAGUGUUGUACAGGCUGCCCAACAUGAGGUUGCUGUUGCCUUCGCCCCCGAGGAGGGUAAAGAGGUUCCCACAGCUAAUGGCGUUUUAGCACCCGGGACGAAGGCGGGCGAUACCAACGACCAACUACUCGAUAGUGACGGGAAACCAGUUGCACGGUGGCUGGUGUGUUUGCAGCAACUGCAUAAGAGAUUUUACUGCGAGGUAUGUGGUGGAACUGUAUAUAUUGGUCCCAAGGUGUUCAAGGACCACUUCGGUGCGGAGAGACAUGCGGAAGGGUUGCGACGACUUGGUGUUACUCUUCACUUGAAGAAUUAUGAAGGUAUUUCGUCCAUACGUAAGGUAAUUGAGAUGCGGGAUAAAGUGAUGGGAAACAGUCGUAGUCUACGAAAGCGCAUUCAUGCUGAUCAGGAAGAUGAAGAAAUGCAAGAUGCCCAGGGAAACGUGAUUACCGCGGGUGCUUACAGAAAGUUUCAGAUGUCGAGGAAAACAGGUUGA